GUGUGUUAUUUUGGGAGAUUUCAUCACAAAAACCACCAUUUGAAUAUUAUUAUAAUGAGCCAUGUAGGUUAUGUUAUUUAAUUGUUUAUGAAAAUCUUCGUGAAAGUCCAGUUCCAGACACUCCUAAAUUUUAUGAAGAUUUAUAUAAUGAAUGUUGGAAAUUUGACAGAUGGGAACGUCCUACCACUGGGGGUGUUUGGGAUUGUUUGGAAGCUUCUCAAGAAGAAGAUUCAAAUUGA